AUGCUGGAUCCUCGGGUCGGCUUCUUCUUUUGCUCGGCUCUCGUCUUUGUUUCCGCCAUCGACCCGCAGAUCCGAGUCCAUCCAGGUUUUCUAAACGAUCAUUGAAGAAGGGGAGAUUUUUGAAGUUUAUAAACUAGUUUAUAUCUAGAAUGGAGCUUAAAACAUUUUCAAACUUUUUUCUUUGGAUAGUUAAUCUCGAGUUGAUGCGACUAUAACUGAGCUUCAAGACUCGCAGAUUGUACGUUACUUGGCAAAAAAGCUUUCGAAAUAGUGAUAGAAUUUAGGAGCUCUACAAAACUUCGAAUUUCAUAUAGAGUGAUCUUGAACUAAAGUUUUUUGCGACUUGAUUUCUACUUUAUUAGGCAUUUGAUAACUAAGACCUCUUUUCAUCGGAGAAGAUUUGCUUGCGAUUGGCACACAUAAACGCCCAAAACCAACGGCGUAAAAAACUGAAAAUUAAGUCGAGACAUCUCUACGAAAGAAAAUUUGGAGUUUAAAAUACUGACGACGUUCAAACUGAUAUCCUUGCGAUUUCUGAAUUUUAGCCUUUUCUGCUUUUUUUAUUUUUGGAAGCGAUCACACCUGAAUUGCAAAAUUCUCAGGGGCUUCAAUUGUGAAAUGGUAGUGUAACCAUUUUGAAGGUUGGUACUAACACUUGGAGCCUUUUCAGAAUAAUUUUUAAUAGAAAAGAAGGGAAGGUUAUGGGAGACUUCUCAUCAUUUUUUGCCUGUAAAACUUCACCAACCUGCAUUUUUUUAGUACCAUCGUUGAGCUGGAAAUUGCGAAUCUUCAAUGUUAAAAGCAGAAGUUGAUCAGUUCCCUAGAAACCGCUCAAAAACUCUCAUUUUUUCCUUUGAUCGACUCUUGUUUCACUUAAAAUUUCACUAGGGAUUUCCAGGACACUUGGACAUUUCCGAUGGUCUUCUACAGCCUUCUUUCCCUCCACUCGGUAGCUACGCCAUCGGACAACCGUACACUUUUGAGAUCUACCUGGAAGACACAGUCAAUUUCGACUACAUGAUCGACCAUUGUGAUAUGGAUGGACAGGAAUUUAUUUCAGCUUAUGGGUUAGUUUGGGAAGAAAUUCUUGAUUUGGUUUCGAAUUAUUAUUGUCCGAAAAACGUCAGAACAGUAAGAAAAAAAGACUUUUUUUAUAGAGCAUAUAUCAGAAAAAUGACGAACAAAGAAAUGACUUACAAUGCGAAAAAUGACUUUUUUCAAUUUCUCCUUUUACAAAAGGCGAAACCGUCCAAAUUUUUCUUCGUCUUCUUCUUUGCCUCACUUUCGUUCGUUUCCUCCUUUCUGACGACGGUUUCGCAAGCAAUUUUUUCUAUAAAUGUAAAUACAAUAAAAUGGCUUUUGCUAAAGUAAUUCCUGACGCCAGCCGCGUUUCUUCCCAUGUUUGUAUUGGUCAUUUGUCCGCAUGUGGUAUUUCGGGAGAGAGUUUUGCAAUGUUUGCUCUAUUUUUAACCUCGAGAAUCAGGAGUUGAAGUUAUAAAAUUCGGUGGAAUUCAGGUGCGUCCAGUGUGGACAGUGCGUGACGAAAUCAAUCGAGACAGAAUUGUACAACAAACCGGGGGCCAUCAAAAGAACUCUCGUUUGGUUUGUGGCCAAAUCCACGGUUACUUAACUCUCAAAGCAAAAAUAUAAUGAUUACUUUCAGCAAAUCCAAUUUCACUGUCAAGUGAAAAAAUACAGCUGCUCUGGGUGUACUGAGGUCCGUCUAUUGAGAAAAGUAUAUUAAACUUUGAAUUCCGCAGAGAUCUUGCCAAAGACAACCAGUAAUGGCGAUGGCUCUGGGAAGUUACGUUUCUCCUGGACCUCCUCUUAUUCUGAAUUACCCUGCAACCCCUGUAGGCGUCAUUGGAAGUGCCCCCGGGGCUGUUGCUGGUUAUGGUGAGCAAUAAUAAAGCGUUGCUCUCGAAAUUUUCGUUUGACUCUUAGAAGGUCAGGAUUUUCCCAGAAAACAAACCACUUCUUAGUAAAAAAAAAUCGAGAAGAUUUUUAUGUUGUUCCACUUUUACAAGUUUUUUUCAUAUGCAAUUUUCAGAAACUUCAAAUAAAAAUACCUAUUAUCAAAAAGAAAAAAACAAAAUAUCGAAAGACAAAUCAAACCCUACUUAAUAAGAAUUUACACUGACUUUGCGGUUUCAAAGAGAAUUUUCAAAUGAAAAAACCUUUGAACUUAGUGUCAAAAAUAUUCUUUUCGUCGAGCUUUUGAAAAACCUUCUUACCUUUUCUGAACCUUUUUAUCAAUUUCCAGGAAGAAGUGCGUGGCCUUGGUGGCUCUGGCUGCUGCUCCUACUCCUUCUCCUCCUUCUCCUUUGCUGUCUCUUGGCACUUUGCCUCGCCGCAUGGUUCAGACGCCGCAAAACCACCACAACUACGACUUGGUUUGCAAAACAUUCAUAUAGACACCUCCUCGGUGCUUUUUUUCCCAAUUUGUGCGCAAAAAACUACAAAUGCUAUCCAAACAAACUGCGAAUGUGAGUCAUGAAGUGGCCCGUCUGAAGCUCUCGUACUUUUUCUCUUUGUUUCUGAACUUGGGAAACAAAAAAAGAAGAGUUCUGUUUUAGUGUGGAGAAGGAAGUGGGGAAAGAUAGCCAAUGCGUGGGCACCGAGAAGGUUUCCGUACAAUGUGUGGCAACGGGGACCGAGGAUGAUCUCCACAAGUGCCAACCUGCCGUUCGUUUGUUUGUUGUAACUAAUAACCCAAUCAAUGGUAGGGUUUAGACUAUGAAAAAGAGAUCUCGAAAAUAAAAAAUUGAAAAAAAAAAUUAAAAUUGGAAUUGGAAUUCGCUGUGUGUAAAUCCCAAAUUAGUCCAGCUUUUUAAAUUUUUUUCACAGGUAAUCCUAAUUCUGAAGUUUUCUCCAAGCUUAAAGUUUCAACUAAUGGUGUCAGAGCCCAUAGCUGUAUUUGAUGGUUAAGGGUUAUUUGAUUUGAAAGGAAACCCCAAAAAUCUGAUAAUUUUCAUCGAAUUGUUUCAUCAAGAGAAGCUAACAGGUGAGGUCAAUUAACUUAGCGGUCAGGAGAGCCUUGAAAUUCGCCCAUAACGCUUCUUGAUGUACCAGAAGAAUAUUCUGAAAAUCUCAAUCUACACAUAUUCCUACUUUUCAUGGCAUGGAGACCCGAAAUUGGUCCUUUUUUUUAAGGGUUUUAAGGGUUUUUAUUAGACGUUGUGUGAACCUUCAUCAAUAACUAGAAAGUAGAAACUCGCAAGGUUUUUAUCUGGUUUAUCAAGGAUGGUUUUGGCUAAACUUCAAGAACUUUUCAACCGCAAAUUAAAAUUAACUUCUUUAUAUAUUGCUUUUUAUAUGUGUAGAAAAAAAUAUUUUUUUCUUUUUUUCUAUCCUAAAAACCACUUCUGGUAGUUCUAUGGGAAAUCAUCCUGAAGCUUUUUUUCCAGAUCGUAGUAGGAGGGCGACAAGAAGAGUGUGAAAAGAAUGGUCGUUCUAGCCAUUAUCGCUCCAGAACCCGCGAAAAUGAAUCCAGGUUCUCUGAUUCUGAAAUAAAUGUGUUUUUAUUUCGUGUUCUCAGUCGCCGACAUGAAGACUGCACGAUUUCUGGUGGAGGCGGUGGAUACUCGGUUCAGGAAGGAAGAAUCCAUGAGAAGUAUUCCCGCACGAUACCGUGAGAGUUCAAAGUCUUCUCCUAAAUGGUUCAUUACAGAAAAGAAACUCAUUAUGCCAACAACGACCGAUUCGAAAGAGGACAUGUCCAUGGUUACCUGGACAACGACGACCGCGCUUAUUGGUCCGAUAGAUCCAGUUAUCGGAACUUUGCCUAUGAAAGGGACAUGGGACGAGUUGAGCCGCUCGACGGGUUCGAUGAAAUCGAGACAAGGUUCAUUUUCAAACAUUUCAAAGGCGAACCUGAUCAAAAAAUUUAAAAAAAAAUUGAAUUCAAGUCCCUCGUUUAAAUGUAGCAAGGGAAAAUUUAAAACAUUUCUCAUGACUAGUUUAGAAAAGGUCAAAUAAUAUAGCGAAUUUAGCUCGUAACCUUGUGUCACGACUUGCAAAAAUCAAGAAAGCAAUAUAAACCACUUAAACUUGUUUAACGCGAACCAACACAAAAAUUUCAAAAAUUGUAUUUUCUUCUAUUUUCCUACUAUUUAAGAGAAAAAACCUACUGCCUGAGCGAUGACGAGCAAGAAAUAGUGGAAAAAGAAGUCAAACGCACUCAUUCGACUAGGUAAACAUUAAAUUAUUCAAAACAUCAAAACAAGUUAUCAUUGCAGAUUUGUUCAAGAAACUCGGGAGUUCGAAUCGAUGAGCGACGAGGAAAGAUAUCGCGAGGAAGAACAUCAGCACGCUCACUACACACACAGUCUUCCUGUAUAA